CACUUCCGGCCUCCUGGAGCCAAUGAGGGUGAGGCCGUGGUGUUCCCCGCGCUAGCGUCCGGGUUGCGGGUCGUCUCCCUGAGGGCUCAGGCCCGGCGGCCCUGAGGAGGUGACAAUAAGGAAGAUAUCUGAGUUUUCCAAUUAGAUCAACAAGUUCAAAUUCUUAGCAUGGAGAAUUCAGAGAAGACAGAAUUGGUUCUCCUUGCCUGUGGUUCCUUUAAUCCUAUCACUAACAUGCACCUCAGGUUAUUUGAACUGGCCAAGGACUACAUGAAUGGAACAGGAAAAUAUAAAGUUAUCAAAGGCAUAAUUUCUCCUGUUGGCGAUGCAUAUAAGAAGAAAGGACUCAUCUCUGCCCAUCACCGAGUUUUCAUGGCACAACUUGCCACCAAGAAUUCAGAAUGGGUGGAAGUUGAUACGUGGGAAAGUCUUCAGAAGGAGUGGGUAGAGACUGCUAAGGUGCUCAGACACCAUCAAGAGAAACUAGAGGCUAGUAGCUGUGGUAACGAGCAGGGCUCACCUGUGCUGGAAAGGCCUGGACGGAAGAGGAAGUGGGCUGAACAAAGACAAGAUUUUAGUCAAAAGAAAUCCCUAGAGCCAAAGACUAAAGGUGUGCCAAAGGUAAAGCUGCUGUGUGGGGCAGAUUUACUGGAGUCCUUUGGUGUUCCCAAUCUGUGGAAGAGUGAGGAUAUCACCCAAAUUGUGCGAGACUAUGGGCUCAUAUGUAUUACUCGGGCUGGAAAUGAUGCUCAGAAAUUCAUCUAUGAAUCCGAUGUGCUGUGGAAAUACCAGAACAACAUUCAUCUGGUGAAUGAAUGGAUCACCAAUGACAUCUCAUCCACAAAGAUCCGGCAAGCCCUCAGAAGGGGCCAGAGCAUUCGCUACUUGGUACCAGAUCUUGUCCAAGAAUAUAUUGAGAAGCAUGAUUUGUAUACCUCUGAGAGUGAAGAGAGGAAUGUCGGGGUUAUUCUGGCUCCUUUGCAGAGAAACAUGGCAGAAGCUAACUCAUAAGAAAUUCUACAGCCUGAUAUUUUGGACUUCCCUUUUGGGAAUUUGAAACAAUCUAGGUGUUUGUAACUGGGGAAAGGAAUUCUGAUCCUGUUUCAUAAACUAAAGCUUGAAAGUUUGGGAAAAAAUCAGUAGUAAAUGAAAAUCAGGUUUAUCUUAUUAUCAGAAGUUGCUAAGAUGAAUGUUUUCAGUAUGGUCUUUUUUUUUUUUUCCUAUAGAAGGUACAGAUCUCUUUAUCUUUAAAACAAGAGAUUAGCAGCACUAAAACCAGAACAUUCAGUCAAAUUAACUACAAAUAAGAAAUCAAAAAGGAUAUCCUGGCUUUACCACAUAAGAGAAGCUAAAUGUGAAAAGCGGGAGUCCAUUUAAAAUCCUGAGUUUAGCUAUGGAGGGAACUAACAUUUUGUGCAUGCCUAUUUCUGGGCAGUCUUCACCAAGGGUGGCCAAAGAAGUAAUUCUUAAAAUAGAAUAGUUUUAUGGUUCAUGAAAAUCGUUCUGUGACAGAAACAGGUCUAAAGUUAACUUUCUAAUGAAAAUAGAAUAAUUUACCUUUUUACAAUUUAUAUUUCAUACCUACACCACUCUAGAUGAAGGAUUUAUAACUCUGCAGAAGAAAAAAAAUACGUAAUUGUGCAAUUACGUAGUCAGAUCUGAAACCAUGAUUUACAGGAGGAAAAUGUUGGGCCAGCCCUGGUGGCCUAGUGGUUAAGUUCGGCGCACUGCACUUCAGUGGCUUAGGUUCGAUUCCCGGGCAUGGACCUACACCGCUCUAUUAGCAGCCAUUCUGUGCUGGCAGCCCACAUACUAAAAAACAGAGGAAGAUUGGCACAGAUGUUAGCUCAGGGUGAAUCUUCCUCAGCAAAAAAAAGGAAAAUGUUAAAUAAAGCUGGCAAAUGUAAAUUCUACAGCUCUUGACUUAUUCUUACUAAAGUCAACAGGGCAACUUCUCAGAGAUAAGGAAGGAUGCAAAGCCUGGCACCCAGUAGGUUUCAGUCUCUGCUGAAUGAAUGAAAAGUUAGGAUGUCAGGUCUGAGAGAUGAGCAUCAUUCUUCCCCUCCUUACCUUUUUGGAGUUUGAGUUGGAGCAGCACUGAAAAAUAACAAUCUAGAAUCAGAUGAAACUAUCAGAAUUUGAUUGAUUUCUUCUCCUGGAAAACUACACUCAGUUCAUCUGAAUCGUUGUGUGAACUGCAGAAAGGUUCUGUUGUUAGAAACUUCUCUUAUACUGUGGUGCCUUCUUACCCAGAAAUGCCCAUACCCUGCUCAGCUGUGAGUGCAUUGACCUCAGGACCCACUGAGUAAAGCAUGUGGGAGCUCUCCCAGGAGCCCUGGUUGUGGUGAAAUGAUCCCUUGUUAUACUAUUUAUGGAUUAACAACUUUGUACAUAGAACAAGCUACUUGGCUUCUUGUUCCAGUACCAAAGAUGCUGCUGAUGCCAUAGCCUGAUGGCAUAGUUUUAGGUAUCCUCAAGGACAGAACUUCCUCUUUGGCUAAUGGAAAUUAGAACAGUGAAUUUCACAGGGGAAUAAAUAUUAAUAAUUGUUGUGAAUUCCACUGAGAAAGGAAAAUAUGCCAUUGUUUACCCCCUACCAGAACUUUUUCAUAAUUUGCUUUCGUAAUGUGAAUUUUGAGUUUAGGAAAUGUGUAAAGCUGGUGUUUUGUUUGUUUGUUUGAUGCUGGUGUUUUUUUUAUGUGUUGCACUCCUUUACCCCUUAGGUUGUUUGUAUAAUUUCAGUGGAGCCAACAAACUUGAAACAUCUUCUACUGGCAGCUUCAUUCAGUUGAACAUACAGCACGUGGAGAGAUUUGUUGUUGUUUCCUUGUUCAGUGGACAAGUGUGAACAGCAAACGUUUUAGACAGGAGUUGUGGGUUCUCCUUGGUAAUCAGGGUGCAGAGGUUGAGCCAGAGAUGUGAUUUAGGUUCCUCUCCUGGCAUCAAAGGAUGCUCUUCCUUUUUCUGCCAUCUUGACGAUCUGACCCCAGGGUGGAAGGAAGCAUCCACACAGGUCAGCAUGCAGGGUAGUUGGAAAGCUACUAUCUUCCUUACCCAACCUCUCUGAUUCACUUCUCUGGGAGCCCAGAAGUCACUCUAUUAUGAAAUGGGCUCCUUUAACUUUUAUCUCUGGGGGCCACGGGGCAUUCACUCCCCUGCCAUUCUCAUAAUUGUUCCCAAAUGAUCGCAAACGUUCACACAGCGUCCACCCAACUGUGAGGAUGCUAAACAGUGUCCAUCUCUGCAUUCUGUGCCUACUUUACCAGUGGUGCCCUUUGAAUUUCACAAUACCAACACUUAUUGAGCACUUACUGAAUACUGGGCAUGUGCUAGGGAGUGCCUUAUAUCAUAAAGAAACUGGCAUGAUUAGGUGAUGGGUGUAAAUGGCAAAACUGAGUCUUGAAUGAGCAGUUUUUCUUCAGGCCUGUGCUCUUAACCUCUUAUUUCCUUCCGCAACAUAUUAUCGUUCAAAGAAUGACGUUUUAGCCAAAUCUUGACAUUUUCACCCACCCUAAGAAGAUGAGUACAAAUAAAUAAAACUUUCAGCAG